UCCAACAUGGCAGAGAGGAGAACAGCGCUGGCGGCACCGGCGGCAGAACCAGACUUCCUGCUCUUCAAUGAUCUGGCCUGUGAGACGGUCGGAGGGAGGGUGAUUUUUGCGACAGAUGAGUGGUUCGCUCCUGCUGCUAACCUGCUCAAGAGAGCGCCACCACAGUUCAUCGCUGACGAAUUCACUGAGUUUGGAAAGUGGAUGGACGGAUGGGAGACGAGAAGGAAGAGAACACCUGGUCACGACUGGUGCAUCAUUCAACUUGGAGUCGCAGGACGGAUCCAUGGCGUGGAUGUGGACACGUCCUUCUUCACUGGGAAUCACCCCCCUUUUGUCUCUGUCCAGGCCGGACACCUGGAGGAACCGCCCACCUUCAACCUGGAGGGAGACCGAACCGGCGCGGCUGCCUCCCAUGCAGAGCUAGUUGCUGUCGCCAAGCUGCACUCGGAGGCUUGGCCAGAGCUGGUGGGCGUGUCAGAGCUGAAACCUGGAUACUUAGACUGUUGCCACAACUACUUUAAAGUCAACUUCAAGCAACGAGUAACACACCUGCGCCUCAACAUGUACCCAGAUGGCGGGAUUUCCAGAAUGAGGGUGUACGGUGUUGGACAGACAGACUGGACGUCCGUCUCACUUCACCAGGAUGUCGAUCUGGUGGCUUUGACCAAUGGAGGAGUGUGUCUCGGCUAUAGCAACGCCCACUUUGGUCAUCCACGCAACAUGAUUGGCCUGGGCCGAGCUGCUAACAUGGCUGACGGGUGGGAAACAGCUCGUCGAUUGGACAGACCCAAAAAACUCAAGGUGGACGGACAGGGGGUCCUGCAGGUUCCUGGCUGUGAGUGGGCAGUUUUUGGUCUAGGUCAUUGUGGAGUGAUCAGCAGCAUAGAGGUCGACACCAACCACUUCAGAGGUAACUUCCCAGAUUCCUGCAGAGUGGAGGCAUGUGCACUGACCCCUGAGGAUGAGGGGCGGAGCGUCAGGACCAAGUGGAAUUCUGGGAAGUGGGAGGUUCUUCUUCCUUCUCAGAAACUCCGCCCUCAUCACAGACACGUGUACGACACGGCGGCACUGACGCUGACCCACCCCAUCACUCACGUUCGUUUGGUCAUCGCUCCGGACGGAGGCGUGAGCCGGCUGAGACUGUGGGGACGAGCUGUCAAUCACGAGACACUAGCAUCCACGCGUUAGAAAAGUUAGCAGGAAGUCACAUGACCUGUCUAUCAAACAGGGGCGUGGCAAAAAUGAUCCAAGAUCUGAUGACGAGAAAUAAAGCUGGACAAUCAAA